AUGCAACCGCAAGGCCUAGGUGCCGGUGCCGCCACCCAUGACAAUGCCGCCAUUCAUGACCACCUCAAUGCCAUCUCGGGCCAUUCCCUAGUCUUGGAGGAAAUCCAUUCACUCCCUCCUUUGCAACCACACUUGACAUAUGCACCCAUGUACACAUCUAAUGGAACCCUAGUCCAUCUGCCAUUGGGCCCGAUCCAUACUUCUAUUCCCGACCCGCGCAGUCAACUACUCAGGCAAAUCAACUUGGGUCAAGACCUUGGAGCUCAUGACGAGGAGAGAAGGAUCCGCGAGCAUACCAGCGAGCAUUUUGAGGGAUCUCAGACUAGUCAGUCGGAGACAAACUGGCAGGGGAGAGAACGAGAUCAUGCUGAUGAGACGCAGACAUCCGCAAGCUGUACUCUGAGUCGAUCGACGAUCCAUUCAAGACUAUGCUCACAGGAGGCACGAGCCCGAGGUCAACCUCUUCAAGUCGACGAGGAAGUCAACCAUCCCUGCCUGAAUCACGAGGGUCGCCAACAGGAUCGGCAAGGCAUGCGCGCGGAGGAAGUCGAGAAGCUCGUAAACGACCGACUUCGUAACUUAAAGAUCGGUGGAAAUUUCAAAGAUGCUCUACGCAGAGAGGUGGACCAAGCAAACUCUACGCCCUUCACUAUCGAAAUCGAGCAAGCCGCUCCCCCGAAGAGAUUCUCAACGCCUUCAUUCAUGCAUUUCAAAGGAGAUUCCGAUCCCGAGAGCCAUCUAAAGCACUUCAAAAGUAUCAUGAUCUUCUACAAGGCUAACAACGCGCUGAUGUGCAAGGUGUUUGCAAUGACCUUGCAAGGAGAAGCCCAAGACUGGUUCCACAGCUUGCCAUCUAGGUCGAUCAGCAGCUUCAAGGAGUUAGCUCACGUCUUCACCAAGGAAUACACUUCUUAUCGGACGAUCAAGAAGAACCUUGACCACCUGUUCAACCUGCAAAAGAAGGAUGAUGAAUCUUUCCGAGAUUACAUCAAGAGGUUUAAAGCAGAAAGGGCAAACAUCAUUGGAUGUGACGAUCGAAUUGCGUCAUCGGCCUUUAAGAGGGGCUUGCCAAUUGAGUGUGAGCUGUAUCGCGAGCUAACCAUCUCUCCUUGCCAAAAACUAGUAGAAGUCUUCUCGACAGCAGAGCGCUAUGCACUUUGGGAUGAUGACCGGACCGCCGCAAAGAAAGCUGUUGAUCAACCGGUUGAGCCGGCAAACCGAAGAAAUGACAUGAUAAAAGACAAGGAUGGGGGCAAGCACGGAUUACAGCCUCAGGGAGGUGCUCCAACAGCUGAGAGCUACACCAAGUUCACUAUUCCGAUACGGCAUAUCCUAGCCCAAGUAAAGAACAUGCCUUGGUCGAAGAAACCAUUGCAUUUGAAGGGAAACCCAGCCAAGAAGGAUACCAGUAGGUACUGCGAAUUCCAUGAAGGGCACGGUCAUUACACAAAUGAUUGCUUCGCCUGGAAAAAACACCUCAAAGAACUGGUCGAAGAUGGCCAUUGCACGGAAUUCAUCGCAAGGGGGGCUAUCCAGAAAAUCAAAGAUCGUGAGGCAGCUGCCAAUGAACCUCCACGAAAAAAGUCAUACGAAUCAGCACGAUCCUAG